AUGCAUAUUGGAUUUACCGUUCUGCUCCUUAUGCUAUUCCACAAGAGGGCUGCUCUGCACAGUUUUCCUUCCAAGUGUGGAAGGGAGAAUACCCUCUUUGUCAACAGUCGCUUGAACUGCAAGGAGGGUGAGAAGCGAUCAAGUCGCGCAGCAAAUAAGCUACAGUGCAUGAAAAAGCAGAUAAAGAAAAACCAAUUCCAUGACCGGUGUGUAAUUAACAUUAAGGGAGGAAAUGGGGGAGAUGGCAUAUGCUGUUUUACAACAUUUUCGCAGAAGAAAAAUAAAAAGUACGCUUCUGGUGGCCGCGGGGGGAAAGGCGGUAAUGUUUACCUAAUUGGGGAUAAAAAAAUUGACAAUUUUCUUAGCCUUAAAUUAAAAUCUUUUUACUAUGCUGGAAAUGGAGGAAAAGGAUUAAACAAUAAUCAAAGUGGGGAAAGUGGAAAAGACGAAUGCAUAAAUAUCCCUGUGAAUACAAUUAUAUACGACGAAGAGAAGAAGUUUGUUAAUUUUAUUCAUUUAAAUGGCCAAAAAGUGCUAGUCGCUUUGGGGGGGAAAGGUGGAAAGGGGAAUUACUCCUACAGAACUAAAAGCCUGAAAAUACCAUUUGUCUGCCAAUUUGGGGAAAAAACCAAGGAAAAAAAAAUUUUCCUGAAAAAAAUAUUUUUUACCGAUUUUGGGAUUAUCGGCUACCCCAACGUGGGGAAGAGCACGCUGCUGAACAGGAUCACCAACGCGAACGUAAAAAUUGCCAACUAUAGCUACACGUCGAAGUUUCCCAACCUGGGGAUAUUUAGGCGCGAUCAGCGCAGUGGAGAAGUUGACCAGAGCAGUAGCGAAGGGGAUAACCUUGCUGACCAAAACGAAGGGGAAGAAACCGCUUCGGAGGGUAACCGCGAGGAGGAAGAAAACCCAAUGGAGGAAGAAUACCCACUGCAGGAGGAACCCACUUGGGAGGGAGAAACCCAUUCGACGGACGACACAACUUGCGAGGGGGGCGAAAAAAACGCCGCAAAAAACUACACCGUAAUCGACUUCCCGGGAAUUAUAAAAAACCUGGACAAAAAAGUAUCAAACAUUUCGUACAAAUAUUUGGAGCACCUGAAACAUUGCAAAAUAUUAAUUUACAUGUUUGACAUUAACAGCAGCUGUGAUGUCCUACUAGAAACUUAUAGAAAUAUAAAAGACGUUUUGGUGCAAUAUGACCCCAUUUUUAAGGGCAAAAGGGAAGUGGUGCUCCUGAACAAAAUUGACAUAUGCAAAGAGAAGAAGGAUAGUGUGAGGAACGUAAUGAACCAAUUGAGGGAAAACUUAAAAGUAGAAAAUAUAUUUUGCAUCUCUGCAUUAACAGGGGAAAAUGCAGUAGAAGCGAUAAAUGAAAUAGUUUCCAAAAUUAAUGAUGACAGCACGGCAAGUGAGUUUUUAAAAAGCUUGCCUGAGCCAAUCGAUAUUGCCAAAAUUGAAGAUAGCGACAAUUUCCGGCCAUCUCAAUUUGAAAUAUACAAGUAUAAAGAAAAUGUUUUUAUUGUUAAGGGGAAAUAUAUCGAAAAUCAAGCCAACAUUUUUAAUUUUUCCAAAAGUGACACGGCAAAAAUUUUUGCCAAAAUAGUAGAUCAUUUGAACAUAAAUGUUAAGCUGAAAAAUGUGGGUGCGAGGGAGGGCGAUCGGAUUAUCAUAAGCAAUUACUCCUACGAGUUUUCCCUCGAGGGGGACUAG